AUACACCCCAGGUAUAACCUUCCAUCGCACGACGCUCGCAUACGAGCUCCACCGCCUCCCAGACGUCUCGCCCAUCUCCCGCUUCCGUAUCCGAGCCUCCUCGACGUUGGCUCUCAAUGCCAACGCCACGCAUAAAAGCCCAGCAAUCGCCUUCGCCACGCGGCCAUUCUGCGACGACAGAGCGGAGCUGACGAGGACGCUGCUGCUGUAUCGCCAUCCCCACGACGGAUCGCAGCGCGCCCGCCUCCUCAGGAUGCCGCGCGAAAGUAUGCCGUCUCAAGUGCACCGGCGAUGCGACGCGUGGCACACCGCUGCUAACGACGCCGGCAUUCCGACGAACGAGCGUCCCGAGCCUCGUGAGCAGGACACCGAGGACGCCCGGGGCCGCAUAAGAGCGUGUCUAGCAGGCGUGCGUAAGGAAGGCGAGGGGGCGCCCGUGGUAGUCGGGAUGCUAGAGGUCGAAAACGGGGAGCCACUCAAAGAGGGAGAGGGCAGAAAGGAGCGUACAUUGCGUUUGUCGCACUCGCACUCAAAUAUGCCGCGGAGGGAAGACCGACUUGAGCAGUCUCGGAAGGCCGACUUCACCAGUCUCAACUUGACCAGUCUUAGAACAUCAGAGAAAAACGAUGAAUAAGUUAUUGCAAUGAACGAGUGGAAAAAAAGUAUCUGCGGACGAAUCCAAAGUCCCAUUAAAGAGUGGUAAGUAAUCGUGUAUGCUGGUCGGCACUCACUAUCGCGGUGCGGUAUGAUUAUUGCUUUUGUUGCUUCUCUAUUUCUCUCCGCCUCCCUCCCUCUCUGUCUUCAGCAUGCAUCUCUCCCGACUCAACAUAUCUCCCGACUCCUCAACCCUUCCGCCCGAUUCGGGUGGCGCGCCCCCGGCGCGUCCGCACCUUGUCGAGGAGAGCGGUUGGCCAGCCCGACCCGCCUCAUAUCCCAUCCG